AUGGUUGUAUCUGCCGCCGAGGACUACGUCGACCAUGUAUUAUCUGCUAAUUUAGACUCCACGUUUGCCUUUGAAGGGCCUGAAAAGCUUUUGGAGGUUUGGUUCUGGCAACUGCCUUCGAUGCUGCCUUCUCUGCAAGGGCUUCGUCUGAUUCCUUUGGCCAAAUGGGUCAAGGUGUUGGACUUGGUCAAUUGUAAAGUGCUCCUGGUCAAGUCUUCCAAGGCCGUGGACGCUUACCUUUUGUCGGAACUGUCGCUUUUCGUGUUUCCUCAUAAACUUGUGCUUAAAACAUGCGGUACAACUACCACUUUGGCUUGCCUUGACCAGUUGUUCAAGGUUGCAAAUGAAGAACUUGGCUGCAAAGUCAAUUCCAAAGAAGUGUACCAGGUUUUUUAUUCCAGAAGAUCGUUCAUGUUUCCUGAAAAACAGAAACACGUUCAUACUGACUGGAAGAACGAGGUUCUGUUGCUCAACCAGUACUUUGUCCAGGGCAAGUCCUAUGUUGUAGGAGACUUUACGUCCGAUGACCACUGGUACUUGUACAUGGGCGGGAACCAAACAGGAAAGCCAUGUCUGGGCUGUAACGACCAAACUUUUGAAAUCCUUAUGACCCAGCUUGACCCUCUGAGAGCCCGUUCUUUUGUCACUUCUCGUGAACCUGGUCCUGAAUCGGUAGUUACUCAUUCCAGUGAUGAAGAAGAACACGAUUUGGGCCAUGACCAAGGCUUGGAAACAAUGAGAGACACUGGGCUUGAAAACGUGUUUUUACCUUCCAGCACGGCUCAUGCCCAUGGCAACUACGCUCCUUCAGUGACUACGCCUUUUCAUAUGCCUUCGCCUCAAAUGAGUGAAAAUAUGGAACUUUCGGAUGAAGAGCUCGACGAGAAAUGGGAAUUCGCUCAUGACGCCUUUGCGUUCUCUCCCUGUGGAUACUCGUCCAACUCGGUUUGCUCGAAAAAUGGCCAUGGCUACUAUUACACUUUGCACAUCACGCCUGAGCUGGGAUGGUCUUAUGCUUCGUUUGAAACCAACUAUCCGUUCCUGUCCACUUCGCCAGUGGGCAUUGUGGAUGUGUUGAUUCGUGUUUUGCGUAUUUUCCAUCCCGGCAAGUUUUCCAUGACUUUGGUGAACGAAAAGGACAAUGAAGGCGUCCACUGCUUGUCUCAGUUGUCUCUGUGUGACGAGGCUGUUGCCAAGUUGGGCUAUUCCAAGCAGGAGAAGGUUACUUACGACUUGAAGGGCGCCUACGACUUGUUGUACUUGAACUUUGAAAAGGUUCAGCAAUGA